AUAGACCUUGGUGGACUAUUAACAUAACUUUCAGGACUGUUUCCAAGUUUCUCUUUCAGUUCUCUGCUUGUCCAGACUUGGUGAGGUUUGGGUUUUUUUCUCUCUCUCUUUCCCUGAGGAAUGGCGGUGUCGAAAGUUUCCAUCUCCGAAGCAAAGUUAGCCUGCGCCAUCUGCUUAGACCUCCUGAAAUCUCCUGCCACCAUCCCCUGUGGUCAUAACUUCUGCAUGGAGUGUAUCGGAAGAUGUUGGCACCAGGAGGGGAAUUCAGAGACUUUCAAAUGUCCUCAGUGCCGGGAAACAUUUAGCUCCAGGCCUUCCCUCUCUAAGAACACCAUCCUCUGCGAGAUUGUGGAGGACUUCUCCAACGCUGACCCAGCCUCUGCUUCUAAGGAUCCUGCAGGUUCCCAGGAUAUCCUCUGCGACUUUUGCGCAGACGAAAAGCUCAAAGCUGUCAAGUCAUGCGUUGUCUGCAUGGCGUCGUAUUGCGAGGUCCACCUGCAGCCCCAUGGCAGUAAUCCAGUCUUCAGGGAUCACCGACUCAUUGAUCCGGUCAGGGACAUUGAGAGAAGGAAGUGCCCGAUCCAUCGCAAAGCUCUGGAAGUCUUCUGCAGGACCGAUCAGAUGUGUGUCUGCUGCCUGUGUGCCAUCAAUGAACAUAGACAACAUGAGACCGUGUCUGUGGAGGAGCAAGUGAGCGAACUGAAGAAAGAACUACAUGACCAACAGACUGAAGUGAACAAACAGAUGCAGGAGACAACAGGCGAGAUCGGAAAAUUGCAGCAAAAAGUUGACUCCAUUAAAGGUACGGUGCUACAGGUAAAACACCUCACCAGGAACAAGUGCUCUGAGCUGAUGAAGACGAUCGAGAAGGCGCAAAAUGAAGUGUUGCGAUUUCUUGAUGGUGAGGAGGAAGCUGCGGUGAGCCGAGCGGAGGAUUCCAUGAAGCAAUUGCAGCAUAGCCUUUCUGGGCUGCAGGAAAGGAGGCUGCAGCUGGAGGCUGCCCUGGAGAGUGACGACAGCCUACUUGUAUUACAGGAAUAUUGGAGAUUGAACAAGCCUGUGGAGGGUCUCCCUUUCCCACAUUGUGAGGUUGAUGUCAAAUUUUCUGCUGUGGAAAAUGCCAUGACUGAACUGUCUAAUCAUAUUACAGAGCAACUGCACAGCUGCUUCGAUCCACAUCUGGAGGCAGAUGUGGCCAAAGAUACUGAGAGAUCGAUCUCCUCCAGCCCACUAGUUAUAUGUCCUGUGGAAACAAAACAUGACUCCAGCUGCAAGCAGAAAGCAGAUUAUUUACAAUAUGCCCUCCGACUGACAUUUGAUCCCAACACGGCACACAAGCACCUCCUCCUGUCGGAUAACAACUGCACAGUGACAGAUGUUGACCCCGACAGCAUCCCUUACCCUGAACAUCCCGAGAGGUUCAGCAACUUCCCCCAAGUGUUGUGUGCCGAGAGCCUAUCAGAGGGCCGCUGCUACUGGGAGGUGGAAAUAAGCGGACACUGGGCGGGAAUUGGGAUCACCUACAGAGGAAUCAAAAGGAAAGGGUCGAACAUGUGCAGCCUGAUUGGGAGGAACAAUCUCUCCUGGUGCCUGUUGUACAGCAACAGCAAGUGCUCAGUCCUUCACAAUAAACAGGAGGUCACUGUACAUUCAGGGAGGCACCAGCGGAUUGGGAUCUACCUUGACUAUCCUGAGGGGAUGCUGGACUUUUACGGGAUUGGUAGCACGAUGAAUCUAAUCCACAGAUUCAAGACGGUGUUUACAGAGCCUGUGUAUCCCGCCUUUUGGGUAUUUCUGGGAACCUCUCUCCAGAUUUGCAAGCUGAGUUAGGAGAAGCUCUCUCAAUGAGGAUAAUUUCUAUUUCAAGAUGCCUUUUAGGCUGCAUUUUUAGAGAUGGGAAGACCAAACUGAUUUUGGUCACUAUUGUGCAUGCAGACACCAUCACAGAAAAUGGUUAGAAUGUGGAACUCACUCACAUGGAGAAAUUGAAGUGAAUAAUAUUGAUGCAUUUAACUGGAAUAAAAACAAAAAAAAAAUGCUGGAAAUACUGAGCAGGUCUAGUAACAUCUGUGGACAGAGAAACAGAGUUAACGUUUAAGGUCAAUGAUCUUCCAUCAGAACAAUUCUUUUCUUCAGAUUCAUUUCAGAUUUCUAACAUCUGCAGUAUUUUGCUUUUGCAUUUAAGGGGAAAUUAGAUAAGCAUGUGAGGUAGAAAGGAAGAGAAAGAUAUGUUAACGGUGCUCACUAAAGUGGGUGGAAGGACAGUUGUGUGGAGUAGAAACAUCAGCAUAGACCAGUUGGGUCAAAUGGCUUAUUUUUACCCUGUACAUUCUAUGUAAUUCUAUGUAAUCACCUUCAGGUUCCUCUCCAAGUCAUGUCCCAUCCCAAUUUGGACACACACUGGCAUUCAUUCUUUGCUGCUGGGUCAAAAUCCUGUAACAGCUGAUGUGGAGAGUAUUGCUAGAACAGUCAGUGGUCUGGGUACAGAUUAUCUACCCAUUUUAAACUUGGCCAGCAAUGAGGGAUCGAGGGGCCCAGAAAGAAAAAAAGUAAAAACUGGGAAAUAAGAAUACUGGU